UUUUCAUAUAGCAGAAUUAAUUCAGAGACGAUGAAAGUAUUACGUGAGAAGUGUGAAGUUUGUAAAAUAUUGACACGUUAACAAUAAAAUAAUACAUCUCUUUUAAUAUUUGUGAAUAUAAAAUAUUUAUUUAUAUCUUUUUAAGUUGAAAGGAAUGCUUCAUACAAAACUACAAUUGUAUAAUAACGAAUAUUGAGAAACGUCACUUCAUAUUGACAAAUCCCGAAAAUCUGCAUAUCAAAAUAUUUAUUGAAUUUUCAAAAUGGACAUGAACAGUAAGCUGCAUAAGGAGAACGAAGACCGAGUUGCUGAGGAAUACCUCUCAAGUUUAUCGGAUCUAACGUGCAACAGCAAGCCACUUAUAAACAUGCUUACUAUGUUAGCUGAAGAGAACAUUGAGUAUGCCUCAGUAAUUGUCAGAGUGGUUGAAGAUCAUAUUGCUAAGGUAGUACCAGAUAUUAAGUUGCCAAUACUGUAUCUAAUUGAUUCGAUUGUGAAAAAUGUGAAAAGCACAUAUGUCCAGCUCUUCAGUCAAUGUAUAGUAAAUAUAUUUUGUGGGGUAUUCGAAACAGUGAAUGAAAAGGUACGAGAACGAAUGUACGCAUUGCGUCAAACGUGGAAUGAAGUAUUUUCUGCACAGAAGUUAUACACAUUAGAUGUCAAAGUCAAACGUUUAGAUGUUAACUGGCCAAUAACUGCACAACAUUCGCAACCAGCAAUUCAUGUCAAUCCGAAUUUCUUAAAAACGGUAAAUGUAAAUCUUGCCCCUAAUCAAACUAUACAAGCAUUACCUACUGAUACUAGUAUGGAAGAAAUUUUACAUGCAAAAACAAGAAAAUUACUUGAAUUAAAAAAACAAAAAUUAGAAUUAGAACUUGAAGCAACAAAAAAACGUUUAGAAGAACAAGAAAAACAGUUGGGCACAGCUGAGAAUGUUUUGUCACCAGUUGAUACACAUAUAUUAGCUCCACCCUCAGUUAUGCCACAAAUAAUGCCAAAUAAUAUGGUUGCACCAAAUAUAGUGGCGCAUCACUCGCCAGCUAUAAGACCAAGUAUUUACCAGAAUACUUAUCGACAUUCUAGACCAAAUUUAAUACCCGGCUCAAAUAACUUACCAGCUCAGACUUAUCCUACUGGAAUUAAUAAUAUUGGCAAGCCAAAAGUACAUCCAGUGAAUCCGGCUUUAAUUAAUACCAUACGUCAUCGUGAUCCACGUUUGGCAAGACAAAAUCAACAAGGUCAACAAGGCUUACAACAGCAUGGUAAUAGAGGUAUACAAAUACAACCUCCAAGCAAUUAUUUGCAUCACAAUGAAGACUCUAAAAAUACAGAAAAAACUUCAUCAUACCGUAAGGAUAGUCAUAAAACACGAAGAACUAGUAGCGGCGGCUCCGGCUCUGAAAGUAAGUCACCAACUCGCCAUUCCUCAAGUCGUUCAGGUCGUACGUCCAGCAAAAGUUCAAGUUCCUCUAGUCGAGACAAAGAUCGUAAACGUUCUGACAAAAAUUCAUCUUCCAGUAGUGGAAGUGGCAGUUCCUCAGACCGUCGAAAAGAUGGAGGUUUUAGUAGUCGCGACAAACGUAUUGCAAAAUGUGAUAAAGAUGAAUUUGAUAUAACUUCUAAUUCUUCAACGCAUAAAAGAAAAUCAUCUUCACCAGCUUCCCCACCAGCAAAGAGUAAAGAGGUGAAACGGGAUCCUAGAAGUCGUAGUAAUUCCAAUAAAAAUCGUUCACCUAGUCCAAUAAGUGGACUAACUAAAGAUACUGAUUUACGUUCAAAUAAUGAUAAACGCAUUAAAUGUAACGCUGGGCAUACAGAAAAGGAGGAUAUUAAAUCAAGUAAUGCUGCUAAAGAUUUAGACAAAAAUAAUCUAUUGACAGCAUCCAGCAUAAUUACGAAUAAGAAAAUUGAUGCCAUAAAUUCUAAAUCUGAGAAUCAAGUUGAUAAAGCAUUGAAGUUGAAUGCAUCAGAAAAUGCUAUUAUCAAGGAGGAAAUGGAGAUUGACAACGAUGGAGAGGAUGUGAAGAAAAGGCCAUUCCCUACACCUGAAGCGGAAGAACCCUUACCAAAGAAAAGUAAAUCAACAAAAAUUGACGCUCUUUUUGGCUCUGAAGAUGUUGAUUUACGUACAGUAAUUCCAGUCAUAUUACCCACACAAAAGCACGAACCAGUGGAAGAGAAAGUAACACCAACAUUGAAAUCAGAGGAUGAAAAUUUAAUUCAUCAAAAUGCUGAGAAUAUUGAUAAAACAGAGCCACAAAUUCCAAUAAAUGCAACAGAAACGAAGUCAUCUCCUAAUAAGGCGUCAACGUUAGAUGAUGUACGUGCAAAAUUAGCAAAAGCUGCGAAAUUCAAUAAAAGUGGAAAGUUUGAAAAAUCUCACAAAGAAUUGUCACAGCGCUUAAAAUUGACGGAACUUAAUAUAAAUGAAGAUUCUCAAGAAGCUAAUGAUGAAAAAUUACGUACAAUAUUAGCUCAAGCCCAAGAAUUGUUUGAAAUGAAAUCUGUUUCUCAAGAUCAAUAUAAAAGUUUGGUGCAAACUGUUAUGUCUAUAAAUGAAAAAAAUAAAUUAAAAGAAGCUAAACGAAAAGAAUUAGUAAAUACACAUAAAUCGCAAACAAUUGAGGAUGACGAUGCUAUGGUAGAAAGAAAUACAGCGCGUGAAGCUAUUUUAAAGAAACGCAUUCCCAAACUGGUGAAAAAUCAAUCAAAUAAUAAUGAGCUCCCAUUAGAAAAUUCAUUAGGUGAUAGUAAUGCAAGUAAUUCACCACUUUAUGAUGAGAAAACUGAUGAUAUUAAUAUAACAAAAUCACGAUACAAUAAAGAAAAACGUUCUAAAUCUGUAAAAUGGAAUGAUCACGAUUCAGGGAUGCAAAUGAAUAUGCCUCCAAAUAGACCUUGGUUGUCGGGUAAUGUGAAUAAGAGACAUUUUAGAAGUUUAGUACCUCAUCCACCGAUGCCACCAUUACCAAAUCCAAACUUACAUUUACCGCAAAUGCCUUGGCAAAUGGGUACUGGAAUGCCAGUACCACCUUUUGGUAAUGCAAUACCACCAAUGAUGAUUUCAAAAGUUCCACCACCGCCACAACCUCCAGUUAGCUUUAAUAUUGCACCAGCUUCAGUGCAACAAUCGAAAAAGCCCUGCAAUUCGAUUGACAACCCACAAGAAAAUUUAGUUCGCACAAUUACGAUUGAUAGCUGUGCUAAAGAAAUACGUAUAUAUGAUGAAGUGGCAAUUGUUUUUAUGGAAAUGGAUCAGCCACGUGAAAUACGUUUUCAACCUGGUCAAAGAUCAAUUUCUAUAGACGAUGAAACGUUUGCAAUGCAUUUUAAUGAUGACUAUAAAGUAGUAACCAUUAAAGGUGAACCACAUAGAAUGAAAUUUGGCUUUCCUUCACGUGAACUCUAUAUUGAUGAUCAAUGGUAUGAAAUAUUCUUUGGUGGUUCUAUUAUACCAGUUCCAAUUGGUAAAAAUAUUCGACAUUUGCAAGCAGAGGGGCCACCACCUAAAGUAAAUAUUGGGCCAAUUCGUCGAGAUUUAGUUAUUGGUAAAAUUACCAUGAUUGUAGAUGCACAUAUAGUUAUUGGAAUAUUUAUUGAUGCUAAACUGCAGACUUUUAAUUUGGGAGAAAAACAGCAUACUAUACAAUUUGCAGAUAAUUUACUUACGGUACUGUUAGAUGGUGUUGCUGCAGACGUUGAAUUUGGUGGACUUCCUAAAAGUUAUGAACUUGGUGAUGAUAAGCAUUUCAUACGUUUUAGUGCUUUACCUGAAGAUGUUGAACCUGGAAAAAUAAAAAUCCAAAAUAUGAGAUAUGUUAACACAAAUCCCACUGAAACUAUUAGUGUAGAAACAAAUGAUUCCGAAAAUUUGGUUGAAACAACUGCAUCACCUAAUCAAAAUCAGUCCACAAUAACGCCACCAAAUACAACAACAGAAAGUAUUGAAGUUAAAAGUGAAGAAAACAUAUCUACGACAAAUGACGGAGUAGUGCCAACAAAUACUUCGGUUCCAAGCAUACCUACAGAUGUGCUAAGCAAAAUUAACAUCGAUGAAUUACUUCAAAAAUUAGUUUCAACAGGGCUUUUAACCAGUACGACAACUUCUUCAUCCACAAAUUCAACUCAAAAUUCAACAGUAAAGGAAGAACUUACGAAUCCUGAUGUUGUUGAGGAGCCUAUUGAAGUAAUUCGUCCUAUUGAUUUAGCAAAGCCAGAAACAAUUAAGUUGCGCCAGUCAGCUAUUGUGGCUACAUUAUUUUCAGGCAUGCAAUGCAGUAGUUGUGGUGUUCGAUUUCCGCCUGAACAAACAAUUAAGUAUAGUCAACACUUGGAUUGGCAUUUUAGACAAAAUAGAAGAGAACGAGACUCAACGAGAAAAGCACAUUCUCGUAAGUGGUAUUAUGAACUAAAUGAUUGGGCGCAGUAUGAAGAAAUUGAAGAUCUUGAAGAACGAGAAAAGAACUUUUUUGAGACACAACUGAAUGAAAUAGAUGCAAAUGAUGAUGUUUCCAAUCAACGUUCAAUAAAUUCGCCAGCGCCUAGUUGCCCAGCUGGAGCUAAUGAUGUUGAUCGCUGCUGUGAUAUGUGUCACGAGAAAUUUGAACAAUUUUAUAAUGAAGAACAUGAAGAAUGGCAUCUACGUUCAGCCAUAAGAGUCGAAGACAAAAUAUACCACCCACUUUGUUAUGAAGAUUAUAAGACUGCACUCAAUCCGCCAAAGGUAGAAGAAUUGAAAGAGGACUCUAAAAUUACAGAAGAAGAUGAUAACGCUGUCGAUAAUGUAAUUAAAAUUACAGUUGAUGAAGAAGCAGCAAAGUUGUCAGUAACCAUUGCAGAUGAUGAAGAGGAUGACGACGAUGAUGUUAUAGUAUUGCCAAACGAAGAGCCAUCAGUUACUGAAAUUGUCGAUGAUGACGAAGAAUAUGUACCAGCUAACGUAAGCAGAGAAGAAAUGGCCAUUUCUACAGAUAGUAAAAGCGAUGAUAAGUUUAUUGAAACUGUGGAAUCAGAUGUUGAAAUCGAAGAACCAAACAUACCUUUUACUGACUUGGACACAUACGUCGAGAAAGAACCAACUGAAUGCGACGAAACAUCGCAGUUAUCUUUUAUGAAUGUCAAAAUAAAAGAAGAACCAAAAGAUGAAGAAGAUGAUGAUGGUUUUGAAGAUGUUGGCACAGUCCUCAUCAGGCCAGAUGAAGAAAUAUCAGUACAAAGCAGUGAAGAAACACAAACACAAACAAUCGCUUCAACGGCAUCUCCUGCAACUGAACGAAGACCUUCAACUGAGUCUCUUACUUUAACUGGAAUAAUUGAACCAUUAGAGAACACAGCCUCUAUGGAUCUUAAUAUAUCUAUUGAUGGUAAUUUGGAGCCUGAUGUUGGACAUAAUCUUUCGAUAUCUGGUCCAACACCAGCAAUUCCACUUAGCAAUUUAGUUAAUAAGAUUAAAAUAAAUAUAACGAAAAAUACUGUUUCAACAAAUAGUAACGUUUCAGUUUCAUCAUCUAUUAUAACAACAUCUUCAUCAAGUACAUCUCAUAAUAAUAGUUCUAAUUUAAAUUCUGAAGUAAAUGAUGUAAAUAAAAAUAGUUUAAGCCAUGGUAACAUAAGUACUAUACAAACAAUAAAUACAAUUCCUGUUCUUUGUGGUGGUGGUGCAACAAUAAGCACAAUCGCUAGUGUUGUAUCUUCCAACCCCUCUAAAUCUGUUAAUGAAAGCUCAAAAAGUAGUAAUAACACAGCACUGACAAGUAAUACUAGUGACAACAGCACUGUCUUACGAUGCCCUCAGAGUAUGUCGCCAACGACUGCAUCUCAGAGAUCAUCGCCGCCAAUUGAAGAAACAAUUAAAUUUGAUUUCAAACCAGAAUUGCAGAAUGUAACACUGAAGAAGACUAAGAAAGUAGAAUGUGGUAUCGAAACCUCUGGAUUAUGUUCGAUUAUGUAAUAGAGUUUAGUUAGAAUUAUUUAUUACACCAUUAUUAGAUAUUUCGCUAAAAGAAAUAUGUUUAGUUAGGGUUUAUAAUUUAGAAUUAUAAGGUAAUUCACUUGUAAUAUAGUUUAACUUACUAAUUAUGGUAAAUUAAUUUAAUUUAGUUAAUAUUUUUAAGAUUGAUCGGCAGAAUUUGUGACAAGUUUUUUUUGCAUUUGAUCAUCCUUUAAUCAACAGAUGCAACAGAAUUUAUUGUUUAUUUAUCCCUAAAAAUUUUAG